AUGGAUAGUCUAAACCACACCACAGUGACCCAUUUUGUGUUCUUGGGGUUGACUGGCAACCAACGGCAACUUGAGCUGGCUUUAUUUGCCAUCUUCUCUAUCAUCUACCUGCUCAUCCUAGCAGGUAACUUCCUCAUCAUGGUGACCGUGGUUUGCGACCGGUGUCUCCACACCCCCAUGUACUUCUUCCUGGGAAACCUCUCUUUCAUCGACAUCUGCCAUUCCUCCGUCACUGCGCCAAAGAUGCUCCACGACUUCCUGUUUGCCCGGAAGACCAUCACCUUUGGCGGCUGCAUAGCCCAGCUCUUCUUCCUCCACCUCAGCGCCUGUGCCGAGAUCUUCCUCCUCACCAUCAUGGCCUACGACCGCUAUGUUGCCAUCUGCCACCCGCUGCAGUACAUGUCCAUCAUGAGCCUGAAGGUCUGCGUCUGGUUGGUGGGCGCCCUGUGGGUGGGAGCCAUGGUCCAUUCCCUGGUGCAGACUGUCCUCACCAUCCGCCUCCCGUAUUGCGGCCCUAACGUCAUUGACAGCUUUUUCUGCGAUGUACCCCCGGUCAUCAAGUUGGCUUGCACUGACACUUACUUGACAGGGCUACUGAUUGUGUCCAAUAGCGGCAUGAUCUCCUUGGUUUGUUUCCUGGCCCUCCUGGCUUCCUAUGCCAUCAUCCUGGUCUCGCUAAGAGGGAGGACCGCCGAGGGGAGGCGCAAGGCCCUCUCCACCUGUGCCGCCCACCUCCUUGUCGUGGUGCUGUUCCUGGGGCCUUGCCUCGUCCUUUACACCCGCCCUGCCUCGAACUUUUCCAUGGAGAAAGUGGUGGCUGUCUUCUACACCGUGGUGACUCCCGUGCUCAACCCGGUCAUCUACACGCUGAGGAACGAAGAGGUGAAGCGCGCCAUGAAGAAACUCAGGGACCGGAAGGUCUUCUUUUUGAGGAAAUGA